AUGGGUCUUCCGAGUUCGGACAAAGAUUCUUACUUUGCGGUUGAAUUCGACACGAGUUUCGAUCCUUCUCUGGGUGACAUUAAUGGUAAUCACAUUGGUAUUGAUCUUAGCAGUGUUGUUUCUUUUGCUUCUGUUGAUGUUCUUUCACGUGGGGUUGAUUUGAAAAGUGAGAAAAUCAUCACUGCAUGGAUUGAGUAUCGAGAUGACAUGAAAAUGGUUCGUGUUUGGGUUGGUUACUCUUCAACUAGACCUCCAACACCGAUUCUUGCAUCACUCAUUGAUCUUUCUGAGAGAUUCAGAGAGUUUAUGCAUGUUGGUUUCUCGGCUUCUAAUGGAAAAGGUUCGAGUAUUCACCUUGUUCAUCAUUGGCAGUUCAAAACUCUGAGUUAUUCUCAUUCAGUUAGUCCUAUGGAUAAUUUAGAAGAAGGUGAUUGUUUCUUGUGCUAUGCCGGCGAUUUGAAAGCGUCAGGUGACAUUUUUCAAGGGAAAAAGAUUAGUGAUUUUGCUCUUGGAAUUGGUGGAAUAACAGCUUUUGUUGUGUCAGCAUUGGCUUUGAUUGUUGUGAUAUGUGUUUACAUGAAAAGGAAAAAGGGGGGUGGAAUUAGGGAAGGACAGAAUUGUAGAUUUCAGACAAAUAAAGUUCCAAUGAGGUUAUCACUUUCAGAGAUAACAUCAGCUACAAUGGGGUUUAACAGAAAUAGACUAGUUGGUGAAGGUGCAUCUGCAAAAGUUUAUAAAGGGUCACUUCCAUUUGGAGGUGAUGUAGCUGUGAAGAGAUUCGAAAAAGUCGAUGAUUUGGACUGUUUACACAAUCCUUUUGCCACCGAAUUUGCCACAAUGGUUGGUUGCUUGCGGCACAAGAAUCUGGUUCAGCUCAAAGGAUGGUGCUGUGAAGAGAAUGAAUUGGUUUUGGUUUAUGAGUAUCUACCUAAUGGAAGCCUUGAUAAAGUUCUGCAUAAAAAUUUAAGAUCUUCAUUUGUGCUUUCAUGGAAACAAAGAGUUAAUAUAAUCCUCGGCGUCCGCGGCUGCACUUACCUAUCUUCAUGA